AUGUCUGUUCCUGACGUGCCCGUGGAAGUGUCCAAGGUGUUCGACACCAUCCUUGUUCUUGACUUUGGCUCCCAGUACUCUCAUCUUAUCACCAGAAGAUUGAGAGAGUUCAAUGUGUAUGCUGAAAUGUUGCCUUGCACCCAGAAGAUCGCUGAGCUUUCCUGGAAGCCUAAGGGUAUCAUCUUGUCUGGUGGCCCAUACUCUGUGUACGCUGAGGAUGCUCCACACGUGGACCACGAUGUGUUCAAGCUUGACGUUCCUAUCUUGGGUAUCUGUUACGGUAUGCAAGAGUUGGCUUGGAUCAACGGUAAGGGCGUUGGCAGAGGUGACAAGAGAGAGUACGGUCCUGCUACUUUGAACGUGGAGGACCAGUCUUGUCCUCUCUUCAACGGUGUUGACCACUCCCAGGUCUGGAUGUCCCACGGUGACAAGUUGCACGCUUUGCCCACUGGCUUCAAGACCGUCGCUACUUCCGACAACUCUCCUUUCUGUGCCAUUGCUCACGAGAAGGACCCUAUCUACGGUAUCCAGUUCCACCCAGAGGUCACCCACUCUGUCAACGGUAAGAUCUUGUUGAAGAACUUCGCUUUGGACAUCUGUAAGGCCAACUCCAACUGGUCCAUGGAGAACUUCGUGGACACCGAGAUUGCCAGAAUCCAGAAGUUGGUUGGUCCAACUGCUGAGGUCAUUGGUGCUGUUUCUGGUGGCGUUGACUCCACUGUUGGUGCCAAGAUCAUGAAGGAGGCUAUUGGCGACCGUUUCCACGCUAUCUACGUUGACAACGGUGUCAUGAGAAAGAACGAGACUGAGACCGUCUACAAGACCUUGACCGAAGGUUUGGGUAUCAACUUGACUGUUGUUGAUGCUUCUGACUUGUUCUUGGGCAGAUUGAAGGGUGUCACUGACCCAGAGAAGAAGAGAAAGAUCAUUGGUAACACUUUCAUCCACGUUUUCGAGGACGAGGCUGCCAAGAUCAAGCCUGCUUCUGGCCAGGAGAUCGAGUUCUUGUUGCAGGGUACUUUGUACCCAGAUGUGAUUGAGUCCAUCUCUUUCAAGGGCCCAUCUCAGACCAUCAAGACCCACCACAACGUCGGUGGUCUUUUGGAGGACAUGAAGCUCAAGUUGAUUGAGCCAUUGAGAGAAUUGUUCAAGGACGAAGUCCGUCACUUGGGUGAGCUCUUGGGCGUUCCCCACGACCUUGUGUGGAGACACCCAUUCCCAGGCCCAGGUCUUGCUAUCAGAGUCUUGGGUGAGGUUACCAAGGAGCAGGUGACCAUUGCCAGAGAGGCUGACGCUAUCUUCAUCGAGGAGAUCAAGAAGGCUGGUUUGUACAAGCAGAUCUCGCAGGCUUUCGCUGCUCUCUUGCCAGUCAAGUCUGUCGGUGUCAUGGGUGACCAGAGAACCUACGAGCAGGUUAUUGCUUUGAGAGCCAUUGAAACCGUGGACUUCAUGACCGCUGACUGGUUUGUUUUCGAGGCUUCUUUCCUCAAGAGAGUUGCUUCCAGAAUCGUCAACGAGGUUGAUGGUGUUGCUCGUGUCACCUACGACAUCACCUCCAAGCCUCCUGCCACCGUCGAGUGGGAAUAG